UCAAACACUUUAUUAAUAGAGUUGAGAGUAUCUCCUUCUCCACUAGCAAAAAUAUUCCUUCCCAAACCCGGUUGUACCUGUACGGCUGUACCACUACCAGUAGCACCAGAGCCAUCGACCCAACCGCCUUUUUUGUAAUUUGGACCUUUUCAGCUUUUAUUUUCACAAAUAUGUCUUUUACGGUUUCAAUUUAGAAAAUGGACCCUUAGGUCGACACGGUCACUAUUGGCACCGACCCAACACGUGUCGUCGCCAAAGAAAUUGGCGAGGCGUUGAUCUGACGUGGCGUGGCCUUAGGUCGACGCCAUGGAUCUUGGUGCCAACCUAGACGCCAUUGAUCUUGGUGCCUACAUAAGGGCCCAUGUUGACGUGGUCGUGGGGUCGACGCCAUAGAUCUUGGCGCCGACCCCUAUAUACUAGUUACCCCGUCGUCUUCUCAGUCUCUACCCCUAUUAACCAGACAUAACAAAAGAGGAAAAAAUAGGAGGAAAAUUACCUUGUCAUAGAGGAACAAUGGUUCCAAGUUGUUGAUUUAGGUUGAUGUUUAUCGUUUGGAAAAAGAGAAAUGAGUAGAAAGAACUGACGAUUGAAGUGGGGUAUUUAUAGCCCCGUAGGUCGACGCUAAGAUCCAUGACGACUACCUCGACGUCAAGAGUGAUGGCGCCUACUUGCUGCCACAUCAGCUCCAUGUUAGCCUCAAUGAUUACAUCUAGUUGCCAAAAUAAUUGGCGACGACACGUAGCUUGACGUCAAUAAUGAUGGUGCCAACCUAAGAGCAUUUCCUGAAUUGAAACUGAAAAAUAUGUAUUUGUGAAAAUAAAACUCUAAAAUGACUAAAUUGAAAGAAAAAAAAAAGGCCGACUCGGCGACUACCCCUACGCUGCUACGCCCCUACCUCUUCGGCUCUUCGCCAAGGGUUGAAGCAACAUGAAUCCGCCGCACCCAGAGCCGGGCCUUCCCCGCCGCCACCACCACAUGGUCCACCUCCACCUCGACCCGCGCCACCACCACCACGUCCACAUCCACCUCCGCUGCUGCCAUCAUCACCACCACGGCACCCACCUGCUCGCUCCUGCGCCGCCGGCCCGCCUCAACGACAACCAGCAGCGGCACCCGGCUCCCGUACUCUUCCCCAACACCUACCCGAACCCAAGCGCGGCGCCUGGGCAGCCAGAGCCGCCCCGCGCCGCCGUAAGGGAGGACGUGGAGGAUUUGGAUCCCGAGCCGGGGCUGCUGCACGCGGAGGAGGAGGAGGAGGAAGACGAGGAGCCGGUGUUCGUACUUACGGACGAGUGGGCGGAGUUCUUCGCCAAAUCCGAGGCCAAGAGAAGACUGGGUAAUCGAUCACCACUUGCUGCUAAACAGCAGAAGAAGAAGAGCCGGAAGUGAUCUGAUGUGUCUGGGCCAUCAUCAGACAGUCUGGCCAGAGUCUGGAGCUCGGGAAGAGAACGGACGAAUAGCUUGUCAACAUAUACGCAUCGCUUUGCCAGGAGUUCAUUAUGUUUUUUUUUUACUUUAUACAGAGAGUUACGAGUUCACAUGAUCUAAACACUGUAACCUUUUGAGUUCACAUCAUCUGAAAUCUGUGCUGUAUCUAUUCGGACUUGGAGAAGGAAAACGAAAACAGUACUAUGACAGUCGACAAGGUUAUAAAGUUAUGAUCUUCUCACUCA